AUGGUUGUCGCCGAUGUUGAUUUCGUUGACAAAUCUCCCAGUUCAUGCCGCGUCAAAGUGAUUGAUAUAGUGGCUCUUAUAUAUGCCAUUAUAUUACACUUUGUUGAUGUAGGUUUUGAUAUUUUUUUAGCGUACUCCUAUUUUAUUACCGAACAGUAUUCGUAUUUUGCAUGGACCGCUGCUUUCACAAUUAUUCCUACAAUAAUAAUGACAGCUUUAAGUAUAAGAAUGUACAUAGAUGAUUCUCGUGGGAGUUUAAAUAGUUUGAGAGCUUUAUUUCGCCCUUGUCUUUGUAUUUUAGGGUUAUUUUUGCAAUUAGCUCCAGUCAUAAGAUAUGCAGAUUCAUUGAUUUAUGCUAUCAAGUGUUACAGAGCUACAUUAAAAAAUGAUAAAGUAUUACAACAAACAUAUUUCAAGAAGAUGUUAAAGGAAGACUCUGAUACAAUUCUUUUAAGAGUAUUUGAAUGUUAUAUAGAGUCUACAUUUCAGCAAGUUCUUCAGAUAACAUUAUUAUUAAUUGAUUACAGUCAAGGUUUGAAUCUUCACUUAAUAAAACAAUGCAUCAUGAUAACGCUUAGUUUCACAUCGAUGGGAUGGUGCAUGUGUACUUACCACAGAAGUAUUCGAUUUGAUCAAGAUGAUAAGUUAAACAUUUCAAACUUGGGCUCUGUUGUGCAAUUCUUUUGGCACUUAAAUUUUACAGUCUCCAGAAUUUUUGCAAUAUCAGCUAUGGCAAUCUUAUAUCCAUUCUGGGCAGUUUUAAGUGUUGUCAUUCAUUGGUGCCUGAUGACGAUUUGGAUAGAAAUUUUUUUUUCUGCUGCUGUCGGAUUAAUUUAUAUAUUUAAUUUCAUAAGUCUGAAUGAUGGGCCAACGAGGAAUUCAUAUUAUAUUUUUUUUUCAAUUUGCGGAAUUGAAAAUUUUAUAGCUUCAAUUUUAUGGAGUAUCAAAGCUCAGGCUCUUAUAAAAAAUUGGAUUUAUUAUUUGCUUACAUCCAAACAAAUCAUAUAA